AUGGACUCGCAACAGCGAAGACCGAAGGAAGUAUUGGACAUCUUUGCGAUGCGGUAUCACAAGCUUGACAAGGUGAGAGACGUCAAUGAGAAGGUCAACUGGAACUAUGAGCAGCUGCGCAUCGCGAAGACCAUACUGCACACUGCAACGGUUCGUGUCGAGGGCUUUGGCUCAGCAUGCGUUGGAGAGCCGAGCAGGACCAAGCGCGAUGCCCAAGAUUCAGCAGCACGUAAAUUCUUGUCAUUGCUUGUGGACGUGGAGGGCAUGUGCCCUGGUAAGAGGAGGAAGUCCAGUUCCAGUUGA